AUGCCACCCUCUACAAGUUUGGAAGCUCAUGACGUCCAUCUCGACAAAGGUAUUUCCAGAAGAACAUCUGUUGCUGCCACGCUGAACAGCACAUACAGCGAAAGAACGGCAAAUCCAUCAUCAGAUGCAAAAUCAGAAAAUAUGGCCAUGGAUAAUACCAAUGGUGUGGAAACCAAACCAACCAAAAAGAACAACAUCUUACUUACAUUCGGUGGUUUGCAGAUUGCCUUGUUCUUGGCUGCACUGGACAGCACCAUUGUUUCCACUGCUUUACCUCGUAUUGGGUCUGAUUUCAACCAAAUGUCCAUUGUAUCUUGGGUUGCUACAGCCUACAUUCUGACAUUUGAUGCUUUCCAACCUCUCUUUUCAAAAUUCUCUGACAUUUUCGGGAGAAAAUGGGUCCUGAUUUUUGGUAUUGUCAUCUUUCUGUUGGGUUCAGUGCUUUGUGGUGCUGCCAAGAGCAUGAUCAUGCUUAUUGUGUGCAGAGCCAUUGCUGGUAUCGGUGGCGCUUCUAUCUUUAGCAUGGUUUUUAUUAUCAUCGCCGAUUUAGUUCCACUUGAGAAAAGAGGCAGCUAUCAAGGUAUCGUCAAUGCAGUGUUUGCAUUGUCCAGUGUAUUUGGACCCUUGAUUGGUGGUAGUUUCACGGAUUAUGUAACAUGGCGUUGGAAUUUCUACAUCAACUUACCCAUUGGUGCUGUUGCCUUGUUCGUAUUGGUCUUCUUUUUGCAUUUACCGGUGCCUCAGGGCAAUCUCAAGGACAAGUUGAAGCGUAUUGAUUAUGUGGGUACAUGCAUUGUGCUUGCAUUUGCUACGCUGUUCUUGCUGGCCAUGAAUUUCGGUGGUCAAACGUUCCCCUGGAAAUCUGCAGCUGUCAUUGUUCCGCUUGUCUUGACGGGUCUGUUGGUUGCCUUGUUGAUUUUCAUUGAAGGCAAGGUCGCUGAACCCCUAUUGCCUCCUCGUCUGUUCAAGAGCCGCACCAUCUCUGCUGUAUUGGCUACCAACUGGUUCUUUGGUAUGACCUUCUUCAGUAUGGUGUAUUAUCUUCCCAUCUACUUUCAAGUUGUUCGUGAAGAUUCUGCCAUGUGGUCUGGUAUUCGUUUGAUUCCCAUGGAAUUGCUGAUUGCCGUGUUUGCUACAUUCUCUGGCCUCUUCAUCUCAAAGACGGGUAUUUUCAAGCCACUUUUACCUAUUGGAAUGGGUUUGCUUACUUUGUGUGUUGGUUUGAUCUCCACGUUUGGUGAGGAUACAUCUUGGUCAAACGUCUAUGGCUUUACUGUCAUUGGUGGCAUGGGCCUUGGAUGCAUGUUCUCCUCGGCAAUUAUUGCUUUACAAGCUUCAGCUGAGCCUAGAGACAUUGCUGUUGUCACAGGUCUAGGUAACUUUAGUCGUAUCCUUGGCGGUGCAUUAGGUGUGGCCAUCUCAUCUGCCAUUUUGAAUUCUAGUUUGACGCAAGAUCUCUCCACCCUUGUCCCUUCUAAUGUUGUCCAGAGUGUAUUGGGUUCCUCUGAAUAUGUUCGCCAUGGCUGUCCUCCUCAGUACGUAGAGACCGUCUUGGCUUGUUAUCUGGAUGCACUUCGUAUGAUUUGGUAUGUCAUGACCGCCAUGUGUGGUGUUGGAUUCUUUCUCUCUCUUCUUGUCAAGCCUGCUCCUGUCCUCAAGACAGAUCAAAAGAAGGAACAAGGUAAUGCUGAUGAGAAUCAGCAAACCAGCAGCAAGGUAGAGGCACCAUCUGCUGUGCUCUUUGGCCACGAAACACACCCAGAUCAUGUCGAAGAAGGUAUCAUUGCUAUUAACAUGCUACCCGCCAAGAAUCAAAUUGCUUCUCACCACCACCAUGACGACGGUGACAACUUGAACAAGAGAAACUAA